GGGGCCGGGACGGGCUGCCGCCGCCGUCCCUGACAGAGGCGUGCUGGGCCGCUGCCGCCCGUAGCACUGCGCCGCCGCUCCGUUCCUGUGACAGCGCGGGGGAGGGAGCGCCGAGCCCCCGCCUUUUUUUUUUUUCUUUUUUUUUUUUUUUUUUUUUUUUUCCUCCUUCCUUUCCCUUCAGAUUUGCUCAUUUCUCCCCCUCCCCGGUGCCGUGGAAGAGGCGCUCCCGCCGCCCGAAGGCACCGCGGCGUAGCGGCGGCGGCGGCCGUGUGCAUGAGCAGUGCGGCUGCCGCUGGCCCUGCCUUGCCACCGGGGCUCCGCCGCCGCCGCCGCUGGGAGGCGAGGCGAGGCAGGGGCGCCGCCGCCGCAGCCCGGCCCGCCCCGGGCAGCCUCCCCCGCCGCGCCCAGGGCUCCCCCGGCAGGGCAUGCUCCCGCAGGCUGCUGCGGCCCUACGAGCCUGAGCCUUAUUGCCCUCCCCGCCGACCGGCCCGCGGCGAAACCGCCCGCCUCCCCGCGGGGCGGCCGGUGCCGCCGCCCGCCCGCCCUGCGCCCAGCCCCGAGCGGCGGGUGCCGGGCCGGCGCGGCGCGCUGCGAUGCGAUGCGGCGCCCCCGCGGCACCCCGAGCCCCCGCGGCUGCCGCGGGGCUGAGGGAGAGCUGCCCUGAGGCGGGGGGCGUCCCGGCCCCGGCGGCGCCGAGCUCGCUCGGGGGUGUCGAAGCACCGGGGCCGGCGAUGGCGCCCGCCGUGCUGCACUGAGGGGUCCCCCGGGGAGACCCCGGCUCUGGGGGACACCUGGCUCCUCUGGAGACUUUGGGGGUAUUUGCGGGUUUUGCCUUUUUUCUAUCCCCCCCCUUUUUUUUUUUUCCAUUUUUGCCCCUUUCCCCACUGUCUUUUGGGGUUUCUUCUCAGCUGCGCACCCCCUGCGGUGGGGGAGCCCCCUGCACCAGCCCGGCGGUUGUCCCCUCGCCCGCUGCCCCUUCCCGCCGGGCAUGUCCCGCUCCAACAGCGUCAGCCCCCCGGGCUUCGGCGGCCCCUCGCCCUGGGCAGGCUCCGAGCAGCACCGCUCGGCCUGGGGCGAGGCGGAGGCCCGGGCCAAUGGCUACUCCUACCCGCCGCCUCCCAACAGGUCCUCGGGCAAGAAGGCCUCCCGCAUGCUGAGCAGGUGGAGGAGCGAGGAAGACUAUGAGCCCCAGGCGAGCCGGAGCCACGGGGAGAGUGGCUGCAGGAUGAUGAGUUUUAGGUCCAAAUCUGCUUGGCAGGAGCAUGGUGACGACAGCCGACGUCACCGGUCCCGCCACCCACCCGGCGGUGAUUCCACCACUGCCCCCAACAAUGCCAGCCCCCGGCAGCUGGGGGAGCAGGGGGAGGUACGGCCCCGGUCCGUGGAGCUGGGGUUGGAGGAGAGACGCAUCAAGGCCAAGAUCGAGGAGCUGGAGGAGGAGGACGGCGACGAGGGGGACUCCGAAGCGGCCUUCUCCAUGGGCAGCUGUUGCAGCAGCCUGCUGCAAAUCUUCAGGUCCAAGAAGUUCCAGUCAGAGAAACUGGAGCGCCUCUACCAGCGCUACUUCUUCCGGCUCAACCAGAGCAGCCUCACCAUGCUCAUGGCCGUGCUGGUGCUGGUCUGCGUGGUCAUGCUGAUCUUCCAUGCUGCGCACGGCCACUACGAGGUAUCCUACGUCGUGGUGCUCUCUCUGGCCAUCCUGCUGAUGGUGGUGCUGUGCAUGGUGUGCAACCGCAACGACUUCCACCAGGACCACAUGUGGUUGGCGUGCUACUCUGUCAUCCUGGUGAUCCUGGCAGUGCAAGUGGUAGGGGUUCUACUGGUGUGGCCCAGGAGUGCCUCAGAGGGCAUCUGGUGGACCGUCUUCUUUAUCUACAGCAUCUACACGCUGCUGCCGGUGCGGAUGAGGGCUGCGGUCAUCAGCGGGGUGGUGCUCUCCGCCAUCCACCUGGCCGUCUCCCUCAAGAUCAACGCGGAGGAUAAGUUCCUCCUGAAGCAGCUGGUCUCCAAUGUUCUCAUCUUCUCCUGUACAAACAUUGUAGGCGUGUGUACCCAUUACCCAGCAGAGGUGUCCCAAAGACAGGCUUUCCAGGAGACCAGGGAAUGCAUACAAGCCAGGCUUCAUUCUCAAAGGGAGAACCAGCAGCAGGAGCGUCUCCUGCUCUCUGUACUUCCUCGACAUGUUGCCAUGGAGAUGAAAGCUGACAUUAAUGCCAAACAGGAAGAUAUGAUGUUUCAUAAGAUCUACAUCCAGAAGCAUGACAAUGUCAGCAUCCUCUUUGCAGACAUAGAGGGUUUCACAAGUCUGGCCUCCCAAUGUACUGCUCAGGAGCUGGUCAUGACGCUGAACGAGCUCUUUGCCAGAUUUGAUAAGCUAGCAGCUGAGAACCACUGUUUACGUAUCAAGAUCCUUGGUGAUUGCUAUUACUGUGUUUCUGGGUUGCCAGAAGCAAGGGCUGACCAUGCACACUGUUGUGUUGAAAUGGGAAUGGAUAUGAUAGAGGCCAUCUCACUAGUCCGGGAGGUGACAGGAGUAAAUGUCAACAUGAGAGUUGGAAUCCACAGCGGGAGAGUUCACUGCGGGGUCUUGGGCCUUAGGAAGUGGCAGUUUGAUGUGUGGUCCAACGACGUUACGUUAGCCAACCACAUGGAAGCAGGAGGCAAAGCUGGGCGCAUCCACAUAACAAAAGCAACUCUGAACUAUCUCAAUGGAGACUAUGAGGUGGAGCUGGGCUUUGGAGGGGAACGCAACGCUUAUCUGAAAGAGCACAGUAUUGAGACUUUCUUGAUUGUACGGUGCAGCCAGAAACGGAAAGAUGAGAAAGCCACAAUAGCCAAGAUGAAUCGUCAACGUGCUAAUUCCAUCAGCCACAACCCACCACACUGGGGUGUUGACCGGCCCUUUUAUAACCACCUUGGAGCUCAUCAGGUCUCCAAGGAGAUGAAGAGAAUGGGUUUUGAGGACCCCAAGGACAAGAAUACACAGGAAAGCAUGAACCCAGAAGAUGAAGUGGAUGAGUUUCUGGGCCGUGCCAUCGAUGCCAGAAGUAUUGAUCGCUUACGCUCUGAGCACGUGCGCAAGUUCCUCUUAACAUUCAGGGAGCCUGACUUGGAAAAAAAGUACUCCAAGCAGGUGGAUGACAGGUUUGGAGCCUACGUGGCUUGUGCCUCCCUAGUCUUCCUCUUCAUCUGCUUUGUUCAAAUCAUAAUCGUGCCACACUCUACAUUUAUGCUGGGUUUUUACCUGACCUGUUUCCUGAUCCUGACCACGGUGGUGUUUGUUUCUGUCAUUUACUCCUGUGUGAAGCUUUUCCCAGCUCCACUCCAGACCCUUUCUAGGAAGAUUGUACAGUCCAGGACCAAUAGUACCUUAGUUGGAGUUUUUGCCAUUAUCCUGGUUUUUCUAUCUGCCUUUGUCAACAUGUUCAUGUGCAGCACUGUGGAUCUCGCCAGCUGCAUGGCUGCAGAAUACAACAUCACUCCUGACCGGGUGGACAUAUGCCUUAUCAGCAAUCUGACUUCCAACUACAGCCUGGGCACCUUGCAGGGAUUCUGUGACAGUCCUUUGCCCAACUGCAACUUUCCAGAGUACUUUACCUACAGUGUCUUACUGAGUCUCCUGGCCUGCUCUGUGUUCCUUCAGAUCAGCUGUAUUGGAAAACUGAUCCUUAUGUUAAUCAUUGAAUUUAUAUAUGUUCUCAUUGUGGAAGUGCCAGGGGUCAACCUUUUUGACAAUGCAGAUCUCCUGGUUACAGCUAAAACCCACGUGUUUCCAAAUGCAACGUUCCCAUGCAGCAGCUCUCCAACAAUGACACGAGUUGCACUGAAGAUUGUGACCCCUGUCAUCAUUACUGUCUUUGUCCUGGCACUGUACUUGCACGCCCAGCAAGUGGAAUCCACUGCAAGGCUUGACUUCCUCUGGAAACUCCAGGCCACUGAAGAGAAAGAAGAAAUGGAGGAGCUGCAGGCCUAUAACAGACGCCUCCUCCACAACAUUUUGCCGAAGGACGUGGCAGCCCACUUCUUGGCUCAGGAGCGGCGAAAUGAUGAACUGUACUACCAGUCCUGUGAGUGUGUGGCUGUCAUGUUCGCCUCCAUAAGCAACUUCUCAGAGUUUUACGUGGAGCUGGAGGCCAACAACGAAGGGGUGGAGUGUCUGAGACUGCUCAACGAGAUCAUUGCCGAUUUUGAUGAAAUAAUAAGUGAAGACCAAUUUCGGCAGCUGGAGAAGAUCAAGACCAUCGGCAGUACAUACAUGGCUGCAUCAGGCCUCAACGAUUCCACUUACGACAAGGAAGGGAAGACGCAUAUCAAAGCUCUGGCUGAUUUUGCCAUGAGGUUAAUGGACCAAAUGAAAUACAUUAAUGAACAUUCAUUCAACAACUUCCAGAUGAAGAUAGGCCUCAAUAUUGGUCCUGUUGUAGCUGGGGUGAUAGGAGCACGCAAACCCCAGUACGACAUCUGGGGCAACACGGUGAAUGUAGCCAGCCGAAUGGACAGCACCGGUGUGCCUGACAGGAUUCAGGUAACAACAGACAUGUACCAGGUUUUAGCAGCCAACAACUAUCAGCUGGAAUAUCGGGGGGUCAUUAAAGUCAAAGGCAAGGGAGAAAUGACCACCUACUUUCUAAAUGAAGGGCCUCCAAUUAGUUAGCACCGAUUGCAGCGUCACUCAGAUGGAAUUUGCAUUAGACAAGAUUGUGAAUUGGAGAAGAAUCACUUUUUGGCAGUAAAGCUGAAAAUGCAGCGCAGUUGAAAUUACACACCGUGACUCUAGAGCUGGUAUCAGCAAACUCUUUGGCCACCCGUCAUGAAAGGCGAUGGGAAGAAACCACCUUGGAGUUGUUCCUGGCUGAGUGCUAAGUCGACCAAAGAUGUGGUACAACACAGUUUCACAGAUAAGACAUGAAUUUGGAAUUUUUUAAAAAGGCUGCUACGACAGGAUGAUACAAGAAGCUAUUUAAGUAUUUAUAGACACAACACAACAUUUACUUGGUUGAAGGAAUGUAUGAUUCACUACAAAGCAUUAUUUUGGAAUGGAUUUGCACUCCCAUAAUGUUUCCAUCCCAUACUGCCAGCUAUUUGAAGUGUACCACUGUGCUUUUAUUAGCUGUUUUGAAUGGGCUUUCAAAAUUGACACCCACUGUUGCAGCACACAAAAAAGCCUUUUAGAAGGGCAUUGGUAAUGUCUUGGUGUGAAAAGACGUUAUAGCUCUGGCCCCCUCUUUUCCCUUCUUCUACAUGGCUAAAUGACUGCUCUUCCGAGUGGGUCUGGCACGUCUGACGAAGGGGAAGACCGAGAUAACGGAAGAUGGCUCUACAACCAUAUUUAUUAAAGUCUUCUGUGCUCUUCUUUGGUAUCUAUCAGUUUACAUGGGAAAGACUAGAUGUAAACAAGAGACACUUUGUGGGGGGAACUCCCCUGAAAUUUGUUGUGGGUUUUUUUGUAUUUUUUAUUUUGUAAUAUUGAAAACAUGGAGAUCUAACAGAUAUACCAAAUUCUAUAUUUUGUAAAUUAUAUAUAAAUUAGAAGGCAGGCUGUCCACACCAAGGUGUGGUGGGAGGUGUAUAUAACCUGUAGACUUUUGUGUAAUCUUUUUCUGCAUAAUACUUUGAACACAGACUUGGCAGUUUUCAGAUUAUCACUAUACAAUCAACCAACAACAAACAGGUGAGUUUCCAGGCUGAAUCAGAUGCGUUUUAAAAUGAAAAUCCAGAAAAAUCUGCAACCCCAAAGAAGAGGAAAAAACAAAAUGCGGUAGUCGCAGUUGUUCCGUGCAGCAUUCAAGCGGUGGGUGGCAUCUUAACAAAUGGAAACACCUUUGAGUUUUAGCUACCGAGAUGGUAUCAAACAUGUCAAAAAGAGCUCUAAGCAAAUCCUCUAACUCUAACAGGAGCUCUUAUGAGAAAAAAAAAAAAAAAAGCUGAUUUGAACUUUUCUUUUUAAAAAAUCAUUUUUCAUAGAUGGUCUUAAUAGAAUCCUGCUGAUAUGAGAGUUGUCUGAUAUUGUAACUGCCAUUUGACAUUACAAGGAACUAUGUACUGCAGCAUCAAGUUGACUUUCCUGUAGUAGGCACUUAUUUAAACUGAGUCACAGAUUUUCAAGUUUCAGGAAUUAGGUGAUCUUCAAAAAAGGUUAUGAUGGCAAGUGUGUAUAUGAGGUGGUCAACCUUAAAAUACAGUGCCACUGAUGUUGUGUUGGAGACAUCUUUAUCAUGAGUGGGGGGUUUAUGAAUAGUUCACUGUUAUCAUUUAUGUACCUUUUUUAACUAUUAAAGAAAAAUCCCUUGCUAUUUUAUUAAAAAAAUGAAUUUUAAAAAAAAGCUAUAUUUUUUAUAUUCUAUAAGGGCAGAGUUUUGAUAUUGAAUUUGGCUAGCACUAAAAACGACUCCAGUCUUUUGACAUUUAAUAAAGUUCUUUUCCACUCUUCUCAGGGCAGAAUUAUUGUAGUACUAACAGCUUAAUGAUUGCACUAUGGUGGUGGCGAUUUAUUUUUUUCCUACUCGACAAAGAGAAUCAGUGAAAAUCCAUGGGCCUGUCUUAAUUAAUUUGCUAUAUUGCUAAGCAUAACCCAAGCAUUAAGCCAUUUAAACGUGAGCUUAAAUGGCAUCGCCUCUUCCCUUUCUCCCUUCCACUAGGAAACAUCUCUGAAAAGUAUAGUAUAUUGACUUCUGUAAAACUGCCAAGUCUGCCCUUGUACUAUACUUUUGCUCCUUUACAUCCUUCCUGGUUUGCAGAAUACUUAAGUUGCAUCACACCUUUCUCCCCUCUCCUCCACCUUCCCUCCCUUUUACCCCCCCCCCCCCCCCCGAGUCUCAUUCCCUUCAUGCCAUACACUCAGUUUUAGGUUUGCUUUCUGCUUUACAAAAGUCUGCAGUCUUCUUAACUUUUGAUUCAUCUUAUGAAGUUGUGUUGUCAAUGAAAUUUCAAGUCCCCAGUAUCUCUAGGUGUGAUUGUUGACAGUGUGUCAUGAUCAUUUCAAGGGGUAUUCACACACUCUUUACUCUGGAUCUUGCAAAAAUGGAUACAGUUAUGAUUUCCCAUGGAAAUUGAAAUUAUUUAAGUAAUUUAACUAUAUUAAACACUGUUUCACUGGUAAA